UCCCCGCGGGCCGCUCGGCGGAAGGCCGCGCCGGUGCGGGCGGAGCCGCUCGCCGCCGUACGCCGGCCGGAGCCAUGAGCUCCCACCGCAGCGAGAGCGACUGGCAGGGGCUGGUGAGCGAGUACCUGGUGUGCAAGAGGAAGCUCGAAAGUAAAAAGGAGGCACUGCUGAUCCUCUCCAAAGAGCUGGACACUUGUCAACAGGAAAGAGACCAGUAUAAGCUCAUGGCCAACCAGCUUCGAGAACGACAUCAGUCCCUGAAAAAGAAGUACCGGGAGCUGAUUGAUGGAGAUCCAUCCCUUCCCCCUGAAAAGAGGAAACAGGCAAAUCUUACUCAACUGCUGAGUGAGGCUCAAGAUCAAAAUAAACAUCUUGGAGAAGAGAUUAGGGAGCUUCAGCAGAGACUCGGGGAAGUACAAGGGGACAAUAAGCUCCUUCGAAUGACGAUAGCAAAGCAAAGACUUGGAGAUGACGAAGUUGGAGCUCGCCACUUUGCAGCACAUGAACGUGAGGAUCUUGUUCAACAACUGGAGAAGGCUCGAGAACAAAUUGAGGCUCUGAGACAUGAUCUUCAAUCUGCACUAGAUGAGUUACAGGAUGUUAAAGAAGAACGCUCUUUUUAUCAAGAUAAGUCUGAUAGAUUGAACCAAGAACUCAAUCAUGUUUUAGGAGGACAUGAAAACCGUAUCAUUGACAUAGAUGCUCUCUGUAUGGAGAACAGGUACCUCCAAGAGAGAUUAAAGCAAAUUCAAGAGGAAGUGAACCUUCUUAAAUCUAAUAUUACUAAAUAUAAGAAUGCAUUGGAGAGAAGAAAAAAUUCGAAGACUCAUAGUAGAUCCAGUAGCAGUGCUCUGACUGGAGUCCUGUCUGCAAAACAAGUCCAAGAGUUACUGUCUGAGGAUCAUGGAUGUAGCCUACCAGCCACACCACAGUCCAUUUCAGAUCUCAAAUCACUGGCCACUGCGUUGUUGGAAACAAUCCAUGAAAAAAACAUGGUCAUACAACACCAAAGGCAAACCAACAAAAUUCUAGGUAAUCGAGUGGCGGAACUAGAAAAGAAAUUAAGAACCUUGGAAAUUGCUGGCUUGUGGAGUCUUCCAGGCCUGAGCUACAAUGUCUCAGUGGGAUUUGGGAGUGGAAAGGAUACUAUAACGUUCAGUGACGCAUCCUUGCCUGUUAUACAGCGGUCUAGGUCACCCUUGUUAGCAUUUACUGAUAAGCCACAGCAAGCUGAAGUACAAGAACAGAAGAGGGAGCGUGAAGAAACUAAUGCUCUUGCACGUGAUUCCAUGGCUUCAGAGGAAAGAAACUUGAAUAACAGAAACCAAAAUAAACACUUUUAUCCUUCAUUACCCCAGUUACGUUCUGAGGAAGAGGAAAUAAACAAGCUUGGAAGUCAAAUAAUUAAACUGACAAAACAGGCAGUUACAGAACUGGAAGGGAAAAGAACAGAAAAUUCAUCUGAAGAGCAGAAGACUGUGGUUAGAGCAGAGUUUAAUGGUUCAUCUGAGAAAGGCUUCCCAUCACUCAGCCUGGUCCCGUCUGACCCUGCAGACCCCUCAGCCUCAGAAAAUGAGCAGACAGCUGAAACUGAGGGCCUGAAAGGCAGUGAUGAAGCCUCAGAGAGUGACUGUGAAAUUACACAUGAAGGAGAGAGUCAGAGUGGCAGCACUGUGGAUGUGAUGCCCAGUGAGGACUCCGAAAGGCAUGGGAGUCUCAGUGCUACAACUGCGCACACAAAUAUCAGCUUUGAGGAGCUCCCUGAAACUGCAAACAAGGAACCAUCUGAUCCUUCUGAAAACUGUGAAUAUUUGGAUAACAGCUUGGCUUGAGGUAUGACAUCCAAGCCCUCAAGCUUCUCACUGUAAUCCUCUUGCAAGUGCGUAUGCUACUGUGACUAUGAACAGUGAAAGUCUGUCGAAGAGCUGAUUUUUUACAUCAGUCUGUUAAUAUUGGUCUGAUAACAGUAUUCUGUUAGUUUUGACUGCAGUAUACCAAAAAUGUAAGUUGUCUGAGGGGAAGAACUUGAAGCUAAUGAGGUAUAAUCAUUCUGAUUCUGUGUAAUGAUUGAUAUAAUUUACAACAGUGUAGCACAGAGACCAGUGAUAAUGAUGUAUCACGUACAUGUGAGGUGUAUGGUCUUAGUGCUGGACCAUAUCUUAAUGCUUAGAAGUGUCUUCCAAGGAUGGAGAAUUUGGAGUGAUAAAUUGAGAAGUAUCUUAAGGUUACUGGCUUUUGCUUUUUUUUUCAGACUGCAUUCUGUUUCCCUUUGCAAGUGCAUACUUAGAAUAAAAUUAUCCUUGCUUUAUAAGGAAGCAGAAUCCUUUCUGAAAACCAUCCCUGUGUGUUCAUCAUUAUCUCAUUUCAAACCUUUCUAUCUUCUCAAUUGUACAAAUUUUUGCCCUCUCUUUCCCAGCUCAUCUCAUGAAAACAUACGGAGUUAUUUCACCAGAUACUAAGAAUGUGAAUUAAUGAUGCUCUGAAGGAAGGAAUUCUUUCAGUGAGAAACAGCAGUACUGUUCCAAAGCUAAGGGAGCAGCAAGAAAAGAACCAGUGAUGCCUUGUCCUCCUCCUUCACGUUCUAUGUUUCCAGAAUUGCAUCCCUCAGCCCUCAGGAGCUGGAACACCCUUGGAGAAGCGGGUGGUAGAUUUUAGCCUCUCUCUUACAUGCCCUCCUCUCCAAAUCUGUGUUUGUUUGUUUUCUAAUGUUUUAGAAAACACAAACAUUUUUCAAAUGUUUGUUUCCUCCUCACUUCACCAGUUUUUGGUGUAGUAGUAGGUUUAUUUGUGUUGUUGCUAACUUCUAUCUGUGUUGAUAUUCAGUCAUAAGAAAACAUUCCUGUAAUAACUCGGGAGAGGGAGGCUGCUGUGUCAUUCCCCAGCACACUCCUGAUGCUGGAGCUGUGCCACUCUGCUCCAAGGAGGGCAGCAACAAGGGAAUACUUAACGGUGAAGUUAGCAGCUGUUGGAGCAGGGGAGGCACGUCCUUCCUCUCCUGCUUGUAGCAUAAGGAACAGUCUCUGCAGCUGUGGAGCUUCUAUGGGCCAGCAGCCGUCAAGGCAAUUUUUCUGCUGGCUUGGGACCUAAUUGUCUGUAAAUGUUCAUUUCUCACUCCUAGAACUUGAAACCAAUCAGAGAGAAUUAAACCAAAUUUAAUAAAAUACUACUAAUAAAAAGGAAAAUCCCUCCCAGAUUGAGUUCUCCUUUGACAAAUAACUGCCAGCUGCAAAUUUUUACAGCCCACUUGUCAGCUACUGAAUAAACAGAGUUUAUAUUAGCGAUACUGACAAACUCUUCUGUAUAUGGAAACUGAGCUAGCAGGUGCUGCUAUAAUCAAGGUGGCAGAGUCCAUGAGCAAUUUGUAUUCAGCAGAAGAAGGGCUGUAUGUAAAUGAUUACAUACAAAUAUAAGGAAUGAUAGAGAGAAGGUAAAAAAUGUGGCUUGUCGCUGUUGUCCUGUGCUUUUCCUACCAGGUGCAGCCGGGUAACCCUUUCUUUGUCUGUGCAGGCAAUAAAGCCGUAGUCACAGUGCUCCUCAAAUAGGUUUCCUUUCUCUUUAAAGGUAAUUUGACAUUGCAGCAUUUUGCUGAUGCUAAGCAGCAGCCCUUAGGGAAAAAACAGCUGUAUAUUUAAGUGUGUUAGGAACAUGAAGCAGUAAAAAGUUUUUCUUUCAUUAUCCUGAUGACAAUUUAAGUUCCUCAUCACCUGAAAACCAAGAAGAGUUUAAGCAUUUGAAAGAUUGUUUUGCUGUUCCCAUUAAUUGGAACUGACUGCGCUAUUGACUCAUUUAUAUGGCAGUACUGACAAGUCAGAAGAGAAAUAGCUGCAGAAACUGAGAUCUCCAGGAGAAUGUGGCAGAUUUUUUUCCUUUAAUGCUUGAAUGUUACAUUGGGUAUCACUUUAUUUGAGAUGCAUUCUUUUCCAUCUUUCACAGAGUAAUCCUAUGCAGAGCUAAAUAUCAAUGCAGUCAGAACUGAUGCAAGCCAGUAAAAAGGGCAGGAUUUCACAUAGCUGAGCUCUGAAAUUUUCAGGGUUGGUUUUGGCCUUUGUUUCCUUGUCUUCUAUCUUUUCUGACCCACAGCUGUGUGAGCUGACGUUUGCUCCUUGUCCCUCAACAGCCAGUUAAUGCUAUUAAUUGAUGAAAGGCUUAGUGCAGAAAUCAGAGCAGGUGGAAGUAGCUGUGGACCAGCAGCAGCUUUUCAGCGCCUCACUCAUUGAUUCUUUUAGUGUGGUUUUCCUGAGAGAAGAAAACUGGUGUACAGCCCUGCAAUUAGGUCAUCUUGGUAACGAUCCUCACUUCAUUAGCCCUCAGUCGUUAAACUGCAGCGAGAGAUCUGGAUUCUGGAGAGCACAUUUAGAGUGCCAUCUCACUGCUGCAAUGCUGCUCCCAUCCAUCCUACCCUGUGAAUGGGUACUCUGGCUGUGCUUUUAGCCUGCUCCCAGGAGCACAAGGCUUCAAUACUGGGGCAGCUGUAAGAGCAGGACUCCUCUCUGUGAUCUCACAUUGACUAGUUUUGUCAGUAACUGUCUUAGGUAUUGUUUCAGGUGAUGCUCUUGUGCUGUUAGAAUUAUGUGGGUUUUUUUUUGUUUGGUUUUGUUAGUUUUGUUUUAAAUCCAUUCCUGUUCUGUUGUAGAAUCAGCACUAUUUUGUUGAGUCUCUUUUAGACUUGUUCCCUCUUUCUAGGACUUCAGAAACAGAGAAAUCACAUCUAGGUGUAAAACCUUUUGCUGUUGAGCUCUGGGGAAGUAAACUGCAAAGGGGAGCGUUGUAGCAAGGAGCUGGAGAGGAUGCAUUCCAUAAAUUGAUUUGAAGCACAUUGCCUCACCUGUGAGCAAAUUCAUGCAUUAUCUAUGAGAAGGAUUUCAUCUGAAAGAACUGUUGUGGUUAUUUGAAAAAGAACACUCAGUGAAUUUGUAAAAUAAUUCUGUGAAAACGACAGGCUAAGAGGCAUCAUUUAGAACGUUGCCUCUUUUCUAAGUGAGACUAUUUUUAGCGUACAGUGAUUUGUAUAAUAAAGACAGCAGAAUUUCUUUAAUCCAUAUGAGCUCAGGAAUGUAUUUUGAAAUCUUAACUGAGAUGAAGUUGAAAGUCGGCUACGUUUCUAAAAGAUAGGGUUUUGUUUACCAGCCCCUGUUUUGUAGUUUUACUUCUUAAAUGACAUGGUAUAAUUUAUUUGCAAACCCUUCUUUUGUCGCUGCCUGGAUUAACUGUGCAACAUAGUUCAACCCUAUUAAUAUAUUUUGUCAUCUUGAAUAAAAGCAUACAUUUCCUGAUA